UUAAGCUCAGUUUGAGACACACUAGCUUAGUGUUAACGUCAGUGCGGAUAGUUGUGUUAUUUGUUUGUUUUUGUUUUAUAAACAAAUAAAAGAAAAUUUAAUUAAACUCCAUUAGAGAAACAAAAAUUGUUAAAUUCUGUGUUUUUAUGAUCAAAUUCUAAAUAAAUAUUUUAAAAUAUCAUUAAAUUUGACAAAGUUUUAUUAAAAAACCGAAAAACAAAAAUGUUAAAAUUAUUUAUUUUUCUGGUUGUUCUUUGUGUUAGUUUUCACACAACCGUUAGCAUUGAAUGCUACGUAUGUAACACUUCAGAUACCGUCAGUCCAUUUCAGUGCGGAGAAUGGUUCGAACGGUAUGACGAUCCCGAUAUCCAACCACAUGAUUGUUCAACCGUGCAUGGAGCACGAUAUUGCGUCAAACAUAUUGGCCGCUUUGAGGGCGGUAUUGGAGCUAAGCGUUUCUGUUCGUCUAAAGACUUGGGCAACUAUUGUAACUAUGUCCAAAAUAAAGGUGACGGCAUGGAAUACAGGUCGUGUAUUUUUACCUGUGACACUGACGGAUGUAAUGCAGCGUCUAGUUUGAGUGUAAAUACAACAAUUGGUUUAAUGUUAAUUGUAGUCAGUUUAAUUUUGUAUGUUAAUAAAUUAAUUUAAAAGUUUAUAGACACUUUUUUAUUUUUUUAAAUAAAAUUGAUUUGUGUUUUUUAUUUUUA